UCAUAAUGUGUCUGCAGUCUUCAGUUUAAUUAUGUCGUAUUUCGUAAUCGUCGCUGCGUAUACAGGUUUUCAUGAGAAUGCCAGACGACAGGAAUUCCAGAAUAUUUUCACCUUGGAUUUUUCGUCAUUUACCAAAAUUAAAGGAAACUGUUAUACAGAAAAAUUAUAAUCUUUUUUUUAUACAAAUCUGCAAAAGAAUUACUGUGAAUUCUUUAGACUAUGAUUCUUAACAAAAUUUCUCUGCUGCACUAUUUGGAACCUGAAUUCUUAUAGAACUUGGAUUACAAAGAAGUUUGCAGGGCCUUCAGAUUUUGAUGAAGAUCGCAAUUGAAUGAAUAUUUGUGAGGAAUAAAAUAUAAGAAUUUAAAGAAGAAAAUUAACCAAAUAUUUCAGUUAGAGUGAAGAGAAAUUAUGGAGAAAGAAUUCUCUGAAGUCAGUGUAAAAUGUGAAUCGCAGUUUGAAGAGAAUGAGUCUCGUGAGGAAUUAUCAAAAGAUUCGGUCAAUUCAUUUUACGAUUGUGAUAUCUGUGGAAAGUCAUUCUCUCAAAAAGGUAAUCUGAAUAUUCACAGACAGAUUCAUGCCAGACAAAAACCAUAUCACUGUGAUAUUUGUGGUAAAUCCUUCUCUCAGAAGGGCAACUUCAAUAUUCACCGAUACAUUCACACGGGAGAGAAACCAUAUCACUGUGAUAUUUGUGGUAAAUCUUUCUCGCAAAAAAGUAGUUUAACAACACACAAACGUAUUCACACGGGUAAGAAACCCUAUAGCUGUGAUGUCUGCGAUAAGUCAUUUUCUGAGACAGGUGGCUUGACUACACACAAACGUAUUCAUACAGGAGAGAAGCCGUAUCACUGUGACAUCUGUGAUAAAUCAUUUUCUGGACGUGGCAACUUAGCUACCCACAAACGUAUCCAUACAGGCGAGAGGCCGUACCCUUGUGAUAUCUGUAGUAAAUCAUUCUCUCAGAAAGAGAGCUUAAUAAAUCACAAGUAUGUUCAUACAGGAGAGAAACCAUUUCUCUGUGAUAUCUGUGGUAAAUCAUUCUCUCAAAGAAAUAGCCUUGCUGAACACAAACACAUUCAUACAGGUGAGAAACCAUUUGUAUGCAAUACCUGUGGGAAAUCUUUCUCCGUAGGAAGUCACUUAAUUAGACACAAAUCCAUUCAUACAGGAGAGAAGCCAUAUCACUGUGAUGUCUGUGGUAAAUCUUUUUCUCAGAAUGGUAUCUUAACGACACACAAACGGAUUCAUACAGGUGAAAAACCAUAUCAGUGUGAUAUCUGCAGUAAAUCUUUUUCUCAUAAAGGUAACUUAACUACACAUAAAAAUAUUCAUUCAGGAGAAAAGCAACACCAGUGUAAUAUCUCUGACCAGACAUUCUCUCAAAAUGAUAACCUGACUAUACAUGUAUAUAUCCAUGCAAGAGAGUAACAAUAUCACUAUGAUGUGUGAAGGCACAUGGCUCAGUGGCUACAGCGUUGGGCUUACAAUCAUGAGGUAGUGAGUUUGAUUCCUGGACUGUGUGGUAAGUAGCUUGCUUACACACCACACGGU